AUGAGCGGCGGGGACGAAGGGCUGAGCCCAGCGUCCCAUGACGUGGCGGACCUCAUUCAAAGACGGGUCGACGUCUCCGCGGAGGAGCUGAAAGGCUCGAGGGAGUACAACGACGCCAUGAGCAGAAUGCUAGAGGAGCAACUGUCCGCUGCUGACGAUGAAGAAGCGCGAUAUGAACUCAGAAAGUUAAAACCGACGACGAGGGGGAACGCGGUGGCGACGGACGACAACAACCCAACCUGGGAAACUGAGCUCGUGAAAAAGUUAUCCGCCGCCGAGGCUGCAAAAGCUCGUGCAGCAGACGCAGGCUCGAGCACCGAGCGAACCGUGUCAGCGUUGCAAGCAGAAGUCAAGAGUCUUCGCGAGGAACUAUUUGCCGCUAGAGACUCGCACGCUUCGCAGAUCGUUCUACACGACGAACUCAAAGAUAAGCUCAGCGCGCUGCAAGAGUUGUACGAUACAAGUCAACGUCAACAAGCUGUCAAGGUGAACGACGUCGACAUUGCGGUGUAUAGCGCGUGGGAGCUCAAAGAGACAGUCGCGCGUCUUUAUGAGGAACUCGCGAUGAAGGAACUUCACAUGAGAGAAGCAGAGCGCGCUCACGAACAAAGCCAGGCCAAGGCAGCAGCCGCGAUCCGAGCGUUAGAGACGACGAAGAGAACUCUCACGGACGCUCUCGACGAAGAAACGAAGAAAUCGUCCGAGGCUGCCGGUCGCGCGGCAGAAGCCAUGGCAUCGAGCGCUGCCGCGAGCGCGGAAGUCGCUCGCCUCGACGCGAUGUGCGAGAGACUCGCACGAGGCGAAGAAGCCGAAGCGGAGACGAAGCGACUCACGGACGCUCUGCGACGACUCCAGCACGAUCACGCGGAGACGGAGGGCGUGUGCGAGUCCAUGCGGGCUCAACUCGCGCACGUCGCCUCCGCGGCGGAGCGGGCGAAUUUGCUGAACGAACAACGCGUCGACGAAGCCGAGGCGGCGCUGGCCGUCGCGGAGGCUCAGGUCAAGGAAUGGCGCGAACGGUCUGUGCGACUUUCCGCCGAGGUGACCGCGACGAAAGAGGAGCUGAACGCGAAGACAGAGGAAGCAAUAGAAGCGCGGCGCGUGCGCGACACGGCACUUUGUGAGGUGGACGAUCUGCGGUUUCGUCCGCCGCCGCUUCAGUCCGUGAUAGAAACGAAAAAAAUCGAUGCCACAAUGGCGAAGGAGCGCGAGAAACAGCUCGUCGUUGAGAAACAACUCAUCGAAAGGGCUGAACGCGCGGAGAACCGCGAGCGAGAAGUCCGUGCGAAGCUUGUGAACAUCCAGUUCACAUUGAAAAAGCUGAAGGCCGCGAACGCAUCUCUGGAAGCGAGACUGACGCGAGGGAUCGUGGAGGAUGGGAAACUGCAGGAAGAAUCGAACCAACUGCUCGUGGAGGCGAAGACGCGAGGUGAAGACCUCGAGAGAACGUCCGCUCAAAUGCAAACCCUCGAAGAAGCGCUGAGCGACGCGAGGCGAAAGUUCCAAGAAGAGCAAGCGUCGCGUGAAGCCGCGGAGGCGAGAAUCACGGCGUUGGAGGAGCGAUUGUCGUCCGAUAAUCAGGCUUCGAAGACCGCGACCGCGGCGAUCGACGCGAUGGACAGGUUACGCGUAGAGAGCGAACAGCUCCUCGCGUCGGUGAGGUUGGAAGUCCAAGUGCAGAAACGAGCGACGCACGAAGCGCGCAAAAAAUUGUCUGCUUCGGAGUCGCGCGUUGCGCAACUUGAGCAAGAGGUCGUGCGUCUGCAGAGACACGAGCAUGCGUUGCACACGGUGAUCGGACGCACGGAACGAAUAGAAACACAUAGAACGUAG